AUGGGCAAGUCAAGCAAGAAGGCGGCCGCCGUGGGCGCGGCGCCGGUGCCGAUUAAGGUACCAAAGAAGGCGCCUGCUGCUAAGAUCGCUAAACAAGAAUCCAGUGACGAUGACAGCAGCGACGCGACCUCUGAAUCUGAUGAGACAGGCAAGAAAGAGAGCAGCAGUGAUGAGGGCAGUGAAGAUGAGUUGGAUGAUGACGACGACGAUGAUGAACCUGCAAAGAAGGCUGCUGCUAAACCCUUGGGCGCUGUUGCCAAAAAUGGUUUGAAGAAAAAGGCAAGCAAGAAAGCAGCAGCGAUGAGGACAAAACCUGCUGCCCCUCUAAAGAAACCAUCUGUGAUUGAUGCACAAAAGAAAAAGGAGGAUCCGUCUGAGAGUGACUCUGAUGAUGACUCAGAUGAGGAAGUGCCUCCUAAGUCUAAGGCUUCUGUAGUGGCUACCAAAAAGGAAGAUUCCAGUGGAAGUGAGUCAGAGAGUGAUUCUGAGGUUGAGGAUGCAAGUAAAACUCAGCCUGCCAAGAGAGCUGCUUCAAAAAUGAAAGAUGAAUCAAGUGAUGACUCUGACACUGAUGAGGACGAGAAACCUCCCCAAAAGAAGCAGAAGGAAGCACCUUCAGCUGCAAAGAAUGGAAGCAGCAGUGAGGAUGAGGAUGGCAGUAGUGAGGAAAGUUCUGAUGAUGAGCGUACAAAAGUUGAACAAAAGAAGGCACCAAAAGCAUCAGCAAGCAGUGGAUCUGAGGAUGAAUCUUCUGAAGAUGAUAGUGAUGAAGACAGUGAAGAGCCUGCUAAUACUCCAAAGAAGCCUAAAACACCUAUGGGCUCCCAAAACGAAGCAAACGGAGGAGGUGAAGACACUUUUUAUGGCAAACGUCCCCUGAGAGCUGAAUUUGACGAUGUGAAAGAAUUUUUUGCGGAUGCUGGUGAGGUUGUUGAUGUUCGUUUUCCCACACAUGAGGAUGGCAAUCGUAAAGGAUUUUGCUAUGUUGAAUUUGUUUCAGCUGAGGCUGCUGAAAAGGCAUUUAAAGAGAAGCAAUCAAAAGAGUUGCAGGGUCGUGAAGUAAGACUUGACUUCGCUAAGGGAAGAAAUACACAAACUCCUCCAAUGAUGGAUCUUUCCAGAAGCCAGUUCAGGGGUAGCAACAACUCGAUAUUUAUCCGGGGUUUCGAUAAAAAUCUUGCAGAGGAUGAGAUCCGAAGCGCUCUCCAACAACAUUUUGCUGAAUGUGGUGAUAUAACAAGGGUCUCUAUCCUGACUGAUUAUGAGUCUGGUGCAAUCAAAGGAAUGGCUUACAUGGACUUUAAGGAUCAGGAUUCAGUGUCCAAAGCCAUUGAGCUCAGUGGCUCUGACAUUGGUGGUGGCUAUGAGCUUUAUGUUGAUGAAGCCAAGCCAAAAGCGAUGGCGGCCAGCGUGGUGGUGGCAGAUUUGGUGACCGUUCUGGUGGCAGAUUCGGUUCCGUGGGUCAGGCGUGGUGGCGGUGGCAGAUUUGGUGACCGAUCUGGGGGCAGGGAUGGUGGCGGCAGAUUUGGCGGACGACGUGGUGGUAGGGAUGGUGGCCGUGGGGACGGUGGCGGCGGCCGUGGCUUUGGUAACAGGCAGAGUGCUGGCACUCCUAGUGCAGGUAGGAUUCAUCCUGUACUUGUAAAGAUAACUGCAUUUUGGUUUGAGCAACAUUGGGCUGCGCUGCCAUACCUAUUGGCCAUGACUUACAAUUUUCUAACUGCUAAAGCUGCUUUGAGCUCACUGCAUACACAUCCUCUUAUUUGCACAGGAAAGAAGACCACUUUUGGUGAUGACUGA